AUGUCGUCGGCUGCCCCCAACCCUCGCCGCCGUGCCGCCAGGCCCAGCGACCCCGAUGUGACUCCCUCCCUCGUCGACUCCUUUCAGAACAUGUCCAUCCGCAAAGGAGACACCUUUCAUCCUCAGACCAACACCAGCAAGAGCAGCUUCUGGGAUCCUCUUGAGUCAGCCUCCUCGUCCAUGACUGUGACCCGCUCCACCACCUCCCCCCAAGCUCUGGAGGACCUUCUCAUUGGAGCUGGCGAGCGUCGUGUCGCCAACUUGCUCGACCGCGUGGACAAGGCCAUUGCCGCCCAGUCCAAAGUCGCCCUGAGCAAUGUCCUGAGCGAGCCCGAGGUACUUCCCGUACCCACUUUCAUGGUCGACACUCCAGAGUCAGCUCAGAAGACUCGCACCCGCCAUCACAGCCACUCCUCUGACAGUGGCCUUGGCUCCUCGGUCGCUGACUCUACUGAAUCUACGGAAUCAUCGUCGACAUCCACCGCUAAGAACUCCACUCAUACCGCCACCGGCACCCCAGGGAGACAGUCACUCUCCACCAUCUCUAAUGCUUCCGACGAGGAGCGCGGCUUGAGCAAGUACGCUGCCGAUCAGAUCCACAAGCACAUCGUCCAGCCCAUUUUGGACGAGGAGUCACUCAAGGAGUUCCACGGUCUUAUCAAGAGCGUCCCAUCCCGCAUCGGCGACAAAGAGAUUAAGAAUCUCCGUGAACUUGAAAAGACACUCAUUUUCCUUGCACCGAACUAUUCGCGUUCUCCUUCGAAAUACCUCCGCUUCUGCGAGCGAACGAUUCGCGUGCUGCAUACGACUGUUACGACCCUCCACGAGUCCGACCAGCGAGCGCCGACCGAUCGACCGUACACGCAAGGCUACUUUUUUGAAUUGGUUGAGCAGAUCCGUAGAUACGCCACUAUCCUGGCUGCUACCAGAGCAAAGCAAGCAAAGGGUGAGAAGUUGGGCCCGAUGGAUGUCACUGAGGAUGAGCGUGUCUCAAUCCACGGAGGCAUGAGUCACAAUGGCAAGCCGGCUGAGCUUGUUCGUCACACGGCAGACGGCAAAGUUAUAUCAGUCACUACCGGCCAGCCUCUCUCUGAAGAAGAGAUCGCAUCUUCCUCUGCCGGUCCCAUGCAGAAGAGACCAGCAGACGAAAUCGACGAAGAUGACGCCCUCCGAUCUAUGGCCCGACGCAAGAAGAAUGCGAAGCCCGAGAUCCAUACCUGCGAGCUCUGCCAGAAGGAGUUCAAGCGACCAUGUGAUCUGACCAAGCAUGUCAAGACGCAUGAGCGUCCAUGGAAGUGUCCCAACGAGGACUGCAAGUACUACGAGUACGGCUGGCCAACUGAGAAGGAGCGCGAUCGUCACGUCAACGAUAAGCAUUCGUCGACGCCGUCGCUCUAUCACUGCCUCUACAAGCCAUGCCCAUACACAUCCAAGCGUGAGUCGAAUUGCAAGCAACACAUGGAGAAGGCACAUGGCUGGAACUACGUCCGUUCCAAGAGCAACGGUAAGGGUCAUGCCAGCAAUGCGAUGCGCCUGCAGCAAGGCUCAGUCCCGCCGUCACCAGCGUCGGCGAUGCUCACGCCACUCACCCCGAUCGCGCCUUCUCCUUCCACCAACUCCAUGUCGGAGGCCUCGCGCCGUGGCUCGAUGGCACCACCGAGUGUAGGCCCCAGCAACUACGGCACCCCAGCCUUCACGCACCCAUCGCCCGACUUUGCUGGUCACUUCAAUAUGAACAACAUGAACUUCGAUUUCAACGACAUGGCCAACUACCCGGCCUUCCCAAUCACACCAGCUACGAGCGAUGAUCGACGAGCUUCGGCAUCGCUGUCUUCUCACUCCGGUGCGAUGUUCGACGCAAGCUCAUUCGACAACGGCACUCCAGAUGACUUCAUGUUCGACAACUUCAACUUUGGCAACUUCGACUUCAGCUCGUACACGCCAAACUCAAGCAUCGCUGGUCCCAGCUCCAAUGCAGCUCCUCAGGCUUCGCCAGGUGCUCAGAUGGACCAGACGUUCACCAACGAUGCCAUGAACGUCGACGGCGUCUACGACACCAACUACAACGACUACAGCAGCGGCCCGAACCAAGACUUCACCCUCUUCGGUGCUACUGCUCCGGCUACGAGCGGAGACAUGUUUCCGUCGUUGCCCGCUGAAGGCAGCUGGGGCAACUUGGACAACAUGGGCUCCAACUUCGGAUCGCACUUUGAUGCGCAGACCACCGCUCCAGCCCUCACGACCGGAAACUCUACCCUGGAGGAGUUGUUUCCAGAGCUGAAGAACCAGCGCUAA